AUGGCGGCAGAGCGGACUAGGAGGCGGGGUGGUCGAGUGGGGCGGGCGCGGGUCAGGGAACCUGCGGGGGUCUGGGCGGGAUCGGAGCCGGAGCCCUCGGGUUCGGCGGGGACCAAGUCCACUCGGAAGUCGGGGUUCGUCUCCGGAAGGCCCGUCGGCCCGGAGCCGCCCGGAAAGUGUCCGGUGGUCACUGUCGUCGGGAAACUCGCGCAGCGGAGGACGCGGCUCGUGGCAGCCACAGUUCAGGACAAAGGCCCAGAGGCCCCGGUCCAGGAUGCCCAGCCCCUCGUGGACGCCCGCGCCCCCUGGAGCCUUGGCCACCUCCGCCUGAAACUCAAGAAGCUAAAGCUGGAGGAGGAGCGGCUUGCCAUCAUCGACAGGGACAACCGCCUGCUGCUGGAGAAGUUGUCUUGCGUCAUGAGGACCGGGGGACAGACCGAGAGUGGAAACAACCACACGCACAAGAGGUACCGGGGCCCCCGCAUCCUACAGUCAGCACCAACCCGGGCAGAGCCCAGAGCGCGCCACUCCAGGGCCCACACAGAGGAGCUGCCCCAGAGCUGGAACGUUUUCUUGCCGCCCACCCUGCAGGGAGCCCUGUGCCUUUUCCUCUGCCCUGCCUUAAUCAAAGUAUUUUCUGGGGCUCAGGCUAAUUCUGUGCCCACAACAGAACAAGGACACCAACGGCAGCUCUCAGUGUCCCUCUGCGCUGUCCCAAGCCUGCUGCACCAUCUUCCUGCCUAACCCUCAUAAGCAACCCAUGAGGAAGGGGCCAUGGGGAAACAGAGGCAGCAGGCAGCGAGGAACAUUGCCAAGAUGGCCCCCAGGAGGUUGUAGGAAGCAGAUUCCUGCCCCAGGGCCUGUGCUCAGGCUGGGCUCCUGCCCUUCCAUGUGCAGAAACGGCCCGAUGUCCGUCUGGAAAAUGCAUGGAAGGUCAUGUGACUUUGUGUCCAGCGUGGCAUGGUGACCGCUCCUGUUUGUUACAGGGAAGCCUGGUGCUGGUGCUACUCUCGACCAACAACAUUGUUUUUACCCAAAGCGGGGCUCUCUGUGGAGGUGCAGGACAGCAGGCCUCC